AACGGAGCUGGUAUUAACAAAGCUGGUACUCCAAAGGAAUGAUUCAAAACGAGAGGCAAAUGGAUGUAGGCCUAUUAUGAGUAGCCUAAGGCUUUUUGUAGGCUACCCUGGUUUAUGGAGAGGUCUUUGAGUCCAACUCCAAAUGUCAACAAAGCCAGCUAGAGAAAAUCAGGAAGUCGCUGAUUGUGCAGCAGCUGGCCUUUUAGGCCUCGCCGUGAUGAUUGCUCCCUUCCUGAUUACUCGGACAUGGCUAAAAUCUCAGUUGAUAAUUAAAUCAGAGACAUUUCUCCUGGAGAACUAAAGACAUUGAUGUUGAUAACAAGGUUCUCAAUCUCAACUAGCGGGACCGGAAAUCGUUUUUCCGCAUUCCAUGGAAGAUAACACAGAGGCACUCUUUUCAGGCCUUUGUCCAUGAAUUUUUGUUCCAGUAAGCAGGCAUACAAUAAUUGCUAAGGUUUCAAGAAGUAAUCAUAACUUGGCAUUUACCUUGAGUCUGGAAGCAACAGUUAGUCAGCUAAGGAAUCAGCCAUGAGGCGACCGACCCCCGAAAACUCGACAUGGGCGGAAAGGCGUUCAACUGUGGUUUAUGCCUUGCGUUCUACCACCUUUAACACUUGGAGGAUGCUGACUUUGGGCGCGGAAUACGGCGCUUGGGCUCAGUCUCCAGCGGGACUCCGUAGACGGCCAGCUGUGGUGUGUGACAACGAUGAUGUAACUGACAGUUGUGUUGACCAUGAGCAGUCAUGGAGAACUGAGAAUAUGGAUAAUACACAUUAUGACAGAGUUUAUCAUCUCAGUGAGCCUGUUGCUUCCGAAGAGAGAGGCAUACGACGCAUUAUUCGUAAACACGACGCCCUGAACAACACACCUUGGUCCAGCAACAGAAUGGCUCGCUUCGCAGAAGAUCUACCCACCCGCUAUGGAGGCAGAGGGGCGCCGGGCGCCGGUAGAGGGGGAGCCCGGGUUGGUGGUGCUCCAGGCGGCCAAAGGAUGUACAAGCAGUCGAUGGCUCAAAGAGCUAGGACAAUGGCUAUAUACAACCCCAACCCUGUCAAACAGAACUGCUUCACUGUCAACCGGUCCUUGUUCAUCUUUCGAGAGGACAAUCUCAUAAGGAAGUAUGCAAAGCGAAUAACUGAAUGGCCUCCGUUUGAGUACAUGAUUCUGGCAACCAUCAUCGCCAACUGUAUCGUGCUUGCGCUGGAGCAACAUCUGCCGGCCAGUGACAAGACGCCCAUGUCAGAACGCCUGGAUGACACAGAGCCCUACUUUAUUGGAAUAUUCUGUUUUGAGGCCGGCAUUAAGAUCAUCGCCCUGGGCUUCGCCUUUCACAAAGGCUCCUACCUCCGAAACGGCUGGAACGUAAUGGACUUCGUGGUCGUCCUCACUGGGUGAGUCCCCUGGCCUCCAG